UUUCUCAAUCCCUCGGUAUUUAUACCUCUUUCCUUUUCUUCAUCUUACAUUCUUUCUUUCAUCUCCUAACUAACGGAGGGGAGGUUCACAAUCUGCACUCUUAGUCUGCUGUAUGGGUUCUGAAGGGCAUGGUGCUGUUUUGGGUAUGCAGGAAGUUUUAAGUUGCUGGAAACGGCUUAGAGGUAUGCUACGCUGUAAUGAACAUCACCUCCAAACUGGCCAUGGAAUCCGGCAUGAAACCUCUUGUUCCCCCUUCUAUAUGUACAUGCAUGCAGCAGAUAAUCAAAAUAGUUUUGUUUAGCCAAGAAAAAGGGAAAUGCUUAGGAAGAUUGAAAAUGGGGUAAAAUCUUGUGAUAUUCUUUGAACAAUUUUAUUUUCUUAAUUAUCUAAUUGUAAAUGAUAGGUUAAUGUACUCUUCUCAUUCAUUUGUUAGGAUGAAGGCACUUCAACUAGUUUAUAACAAAAGAUGCGGCAAAAU